AUGGCAAUGAGCAAUUGCACAGCCGUGAGGGAAUUCUUCCUGCUGGGAUUCUCGGAGGCCCGGGAGCUGCAGCUUGUCCAGGCCGCACUGUUCUUCCUGGUCUACCUGGCGGCCCUGACGGGGAAUCUCCUCAUCAUCACCAUUACCGCCCUCGACCAGCACCUCCAUACGCCCAUGUACUUCUUCCUUAGGAACUUGUCCGUACUCGACUUCUGCUAUAUCUUCAUCACCGUCCCUAAAUAUAUCUUCAACUCCUUUACCCAGAACGGCUCCAUUUCCUUUCUGGGCUGUACUACACAAGUGUUUUUAUUUAUGUCUUUGGCAUCUGCCGAGGUGGCCUUCCUCACGGCGAUGUCCUACGACCGUUACGUGGCCAUCUGCCUCCCCUGCUACGAGAUCAUCAUGAGCAGACGGGCCUGUGGGAAGAUGGCGGCCGCCUCCUGGCUCAGUGGGGGCGUCUCCGGCCUCAUGCACACAGCUGCCACCUUCUCUGUCCCCUACUGCGCGCCCAACACGAUCCACCAGUUCUUCUGCGACGUCCCCCAGCUCCUGGCACUGUCUGACCCCAGUGUGAUCAUCCUAGAAGUCUGGGUCACAAUCGCCAUUGUUAGCCUCGCCUUCCUCUGUUUGGCCUCUAUCGUCGUCUCGUAUGUGCACAUCUUCUGGGCCGUGUUGAGGAUGCCGGUCUCCGAGUGCCGGGCCAAGGCCUUCUCCACCUGCCUGCCCCACCUAGCCGUCGUGACUUUCUUUGUCUCCACUGGUGGCUUCGCCUACCUCAAUCCAAAAGGUUCUCCCGUUCUUGACCUGCUUCUGUCAGUGUUCUAUGCUGUGGUGCCUCCGGCCGUGAACCCCCUAAUCUAUAGCCUAAGGAACAAGGACAUGAAGUCUGCUUUGUGGAGAAUUCUCGGUGGAAAAUUGUGA